CACUUGAGAACGAACUACAAAUCAGUGACGCGUCGAGUGACGUCAUCACAGGGGGACGCAGCACGUCGCUUCGGCUGUAGCAAGUUCUCGCAAACUGCACACAGACCAAAGCAGACAGACGUCAUGGCCACCGGCGAUGCAUUUAAAGUGUCGUCGCUGAAGGGGAAAGUGGCCCUGAUCACAGGUGCCAGCUCGGGCAUCGGAGCGGGUACGAGCGUCCUGUUCGCCAAACUCGGAGCUCUGCUCGCCCUGAACGGCCGCGACGUGGAGAACCUGCAGAAAGUGGCCAAAGAGUGCAGCGACUGUGGAGGCAACGAGCCCCUGCUGGUUCCUGGAGACCUGACCGAUGAGGCGCUGGUGAUGAGCACAGUGGAGCAGACCAUCGCUCACUACGGCCGGCUGGACGUCCUGGUUAACAGCGCUGGGAUCCUGGCGAUGGGCAGCAUCGAGACGACAGACCUGGCUCAGUAUGACAAGGUCAUGAACAUCAACGUGAGAUCUGUUUAUCACCUGACUCAGCUCUGCGUUCCCCAUCUGACCAAGACCAAGGGCUCCAUCGUCAACGUGUCCAGCGUCAACGGACAGAGAUCGUUCCCAGGGGUGCUGGCCUACUGCGUGUCCAAGUCUGCCAUUGACCAGUUCACACGCUGUGUAGCACUCGAACUGGCACCAAAGCAGGUCAGGGUGAACUCUGUCUGCCCAGGUGUGAUCAUCACAGAUGUUCACAAAAGAGCAGGACUGGAUGAGGAGCAGUAUGCUCAGUUUCUUGCGAAGUGUAAGCAGACCCACGCCUUAGGGCGAGCGGGCGACGUGGAGGAAGUGGCCCAGAGCAUCGCCUUCCUGGCGUCUGAUGCUGCCAGCUUCAUUACUGGAGUGAACCUGCCCAUUGAUGGAGGUCGUCAUGCCAUGUGCCCAAGAUAAGAACGUGUACUUUAAUACAGUAUAUGAGACCUGUAAUACAUACUUGAAACCUGCAA